AUGUGCGACAAACUAGCACCAGCCAACGGGACACUAAAUUGCACAUUGAACAAUACCGUGCACAGCGUCUGUUCCUUUCGAUGUCCUGGAGGAGUGCAUGUAGUUGGUUCACCGGAGAGAGAAUGUCUUCCAUCGGGGAUGUGGUCGGGAUACAACGCCUCAUGUCAGCUGUCCUUGCGACUGACGAAUGGCAAAGAAAAMUAUGGAAAAGUAGAAGCUUUAAUAGAUGGAAAAUGGGGUGCUCUUUGUCGAAACAAAGACAUUAACUCCGACGCAAUGGCUCGUGUAGUGUGCCGGACGCUGGGAUACAGUGCAGAAGCAUUCGAGCUACCGUCAUAUGAAGUAGAGCCCGAGCUGGAAGACGCAUGGAUUGAAAUCCAGCAGUGUAGUGGAAGCGAAAAAACGAUAUUGGAUUGCAAGAGAACAGCUGUUGARAGACGUGCUUGCAAUUUGGAUUCUGGUAUUUACGUUUUAUGUGGAAACUUUUCAUGUAAGUAA